GCGUCAGCACAGGGCGGAAGUCGACGUCGCCGUGCCGCCGCCGCGUGACGUACUUCCUGUUUGUUGUUGGAGAAAGGAGAGAAAGGAAAGCGCGAGGAGCCGCCGCCGCGACCCGCACAGCCGAGCCAGAGCCGAGAGGAGCCCCGGGCCGCCGCCCCCUCCCUGUUUGCCGCCGCCGGCCGCCCGUGUCCUCGGACCUGUUCCCACAAUCAGGUAAAACAUGGUGGAUUAUUAUGAAGUUCUAGGCGUGCAGAGACAUGCCUCAGCCGAGGAUAUUAAAAAGGCGUAUCGAAAACUGGCGCUGAAGUGGCACCCAGAUAAAAAUCCUGAGAAUAAGGAAGAAGCAGAGAGAAAAUUCAAACAAGUAGCCGAGGCGUAUGAGGUGUUAUCAGACGCUAAAAAACGGGACAUCUAUGACAAGUACGGCAAAGAAGGAUUAAAUGGUGGCGGAGGAGGUGGAAGUCAUUUUGACAAUCCAUUUGGGUUUGGCUUCACAUUCCGUAACCCAGAUGACGUCUUCAGGGAAUUUUUUGGUGGAAGGGACCCGUUUUCAUUCGACUUAUUCGAUGACCCAUUUGAUGACUUUUUUGGGAAUCGGAGGGGUCCCCGAGGAAGCAGAAACCGAGGAACAGGGUCGUUUUUCUCUGCCUUCGCUGGAUUUCCGUCUUUUGGAGGAUUUUCUUCUUUUGAUACAGGAUUUACUUCAUUCGGGUCCCUAGGUCAUGGGGGCCUCACUUCAUUCUCUUCCACGUCCUUUGGUGGUGGUGGUGGCAUGGGCAACUUCAAGUCCGUAUCGACUUCCACCAAGAUAGUCAAUGGCAGGAAGAUCACCACAAAGAGAAUUGUCGAGAAUGGUCAAGAAAGGGUAGAAGUUGAAGAAGACGGCCAGCUGAGGUCCUUAACAAUAAAUGGUGUGGCGGACGAAGACGCCCUGGCGCAGGAGUGCAUGCGGAGAGGCCAGAGUGCCCUGCCGGCCCGGCCCGCCAGCGCCCGCUCGCCCAAGUCACCGUGGCCGGCCUCGGCGGUCAGACACGCACCCCACCACAUCAUCGAGGAGGAGGGUCAAUACGAGCGCCCGAGGGUCUCCGGGCCCUGGGAGCCUGCCACGUCCUCAGCAGGGUUCAAGGAAGGUGGCAAGAGGAAGAAGCAGAAGCAGAAAGAGGAGUCGAAGAAGAAGAAGUCGACCAAGGGCAACCACUAGACGGGACUGGCCGGGCACGUGGCACUGGCCCUGGCGGGCGUCAGCGCACGGCCUUGCUCAGUGCGCGGCUGUGCACACCCCCUAGGUAGCAGCGUCUUCAGUCGGGCCUUGUCCCGGGGCCGCACUCACUGUAAUCAGGACUAAUAGCAGGAAUGUGACGUGUGAUCGUGCAUCAGUCAGGCAGGGACGUCGGGAGGAGGAGCUGGGGACAUGGGUGGCGGCGGUAGGAGCUGGGACGCAGCCUCGAGUCUCUCACUCUGCUCUGCUCACGCCAGCUCCGCCUGCGUCUUCCUCCAGAGCCGCCCGCGCCCCGGUCAGCCCCCAGCCCCCAGCCCUGUGCACACGGCUGAGACAGCCGUAGCCGUAGAAGUAUAGUCAGGGCCAGGCAGUAACGGGGCGCGUGUCCGUGAGACGACUUCCUUUCCCGACGCCGGGUAGCGUCUGCACGCAGAACGUAGCUGAGCGCAGCGUGACUGAGCCGUGAGGUCACCGCACAGUGACCGUGGCUGUCAGGGCACUUCCAGCCACCCGCGUGGUGGGCUGUCGGGAAUCGCUUCAGGUGGAAAAUCAUUGCUUAUAUUUAUUAUUUCAAUUUUAAUCCUGUCUGGGUAAUCCAAAUUUAACUUCAAAUAUUGUUUAGUUUUUGCUAAAUUUCAUCCUUUUUUUCUUGGAUCCAUAAUUGUUCUUUUUAGCAAAAAUUUUGCUCAGCAAACCAUCUCUAGGUUUUGAAGGUAGGGUCACGCUGGGCUGUUUAUAGACACAUGAAAAUAAUCAGAUAUUGAGCAAGAAAGUUGAACUAAAUAUUUCAGUUUGCAAAUAUUGGCUCCUUAAAAAUAAUUAUUCUAUUCCAGCUAGAUUCUGCCCGUUUCCCCUGGUUACUCAUUCGCAUGACAUGCAACUUAACCCGUUCCUGCCGGGGAAGGUUGGAAGCCGCAUCGCCUUAGCCUUUUUCUGGCACGUUCCCUCUCGGUGACUGAUUUCUUCCUUUUUAACAUGAGGAUCUGUUGUUGACACUGCUUUCUCCUUUGUCCCCUUGGAAGCGAGGGCAUCCUAAAAAGCUUCGAUGUGAGUUAAAAAUGCCAGCAGUUCUCAUGCAUCACGGUUGACACUGGGAGCUUUGGCACAGUCCACGCAGCAGAACCGCAGGCGCAGAAGCCCGGGAGCAACGUGGUCCGUGGUUCUGAAACGCCUCGAGCAGUUGGCAUCGUGUGUUUAUUGGGGUUUGUGGGGAGGGGGUGCAGGCGGUUGGGCGGGGGUGGACUGGUGUUUGAUGCUUUUCGUGGGAAAUGGAACCCUGAGUGCAUAAUGUAUUUUAAGUGCUACCUACGUCAAUAAAGUAUGUUCCUGAGUA